AUGUCUACUUCCAUCGAGCAAAAGGGCUUCUCUAGCCCCGUCGUCGCAGCCGACGGCAGCAAGACCGCCGGCCCCCACGAUGCCCUCCACGUCGUCGACGGCAACGGCGGCCACGGGGGCUUCGGCACCGGCAACACCAGCAGCGGCAGCGACGACGACGAAACCGAGGCGGCCACGCGCGGGCUGCACAUCCUCGAGGCGCGCUCCGCCCACUGGUACUCGUACCUGCUGACGCCGUCCUUCUGGCUCGUCAUCGCCAUCGGGCAGGUCCUCGCGCUGUGCAUCACCGCCACAAACACCUUCACGUCGUUCCUCUCGGGCGCGCACUUCAACGCGCCCGCCUUCCAGACCUUCUUCAACUACGCCUUCCUCGCCGUCGUCUACAACACGCUGUUCCUCGUGCGCGACGGCCCGCGCGCGUGGUGGCGCCUCGCCCGCCGCGACGGCUGGAAGUACCUCAUCAUGGCCUUCCUCGACGUCGAGGGCAACUACUUCACCGUGCUCGCCUACCAGUACACCAACAUCCUGUCGGCGCAGCUGCUCAACUUCUGGUCCAUCGUCUGCGUCGUCCUCAUCUCCUUCUUCCUGCUCAAGGUCCGCUACAAGAUCUUCCAGGUCGUCGGCAUCCUCGUCUGCUGCGGCGGCAUGGGCAUCCUGCUCGCGUCGGACCACAUCACGGGCUCUAACGGAGGGCCCGGCGCCAACAUGCUCAAGGGCGACCUCUUCGGCCUGCUCGGCGCCACCCUCUACGGCACCAGCAACGUCCUCGAGGAGUGGCUCGUCAGCAAGGCCCCCAUGCACCACGUCCUCGCCUUCAUCGGCCUGCUGGGCAUGAUCAUCAACGGCGUCCAGGCCAGCAUCUUUGACCGCGAUAGCAUCGCCGCCGCCAACUGGGACGGCCAGAUCGCCGGCUGGCUCGUCGGCUACACCCUCUGCCUGGCGCUCUUCUACACCCUCGCCCCGCUCAUCCUGCGCAUGGGCAGCGCCGCCUUCUUCGACAUUUCGCUCCUCACCGCAAACUUUUGGGGCGUCAUCAUCGGCAUCCGCGUCUUCGGCCUCACCAUCCACUUCCUCUACCCCAUUGCCUUUGUCUGCAUCGUCAUCGGCCUGUUCGUCUACUUCCUCAGCGGCAACAUCCUCGGCGACUCGCGCAAGCCCUGGCUCGGCGAGAACCAGGAGGGCGGCGUCGCGGGCAUCGGCACGGCCAAGCUGCGCGCCAUCAAGGCGGCCCAAGAGGAGCGCGAGCGGGUAUGA